AAGAGAUCUUCUCUGUCUCAGCGACUCGCAUCAGGCUGGGGGCGUUGCAAUGUUCCGCACAGGAGGAGAGGAAUGCAGACACAAAGCAUGACUUUUAUAUUAGAUGCUUCAUCUGAAUGGGAUUUUAAACCUUCGAUUUUUCAUUUAAAAAUCUGGGAGUCGGAUGAAAUAAUAUGGCAUUUUGGGGACGUGGAAUAAUGUGGAUCAAAUCACCGACAUGGCAGCUGCUUCUGUGGUGGCAUCAUUUCUUGCUCUUGUGGAGUACAAUAGACGGACAGACUCGCUACAGCAUCCCAGAGGAGCUGAAACGUGCAUCGGUGGUAGGAAAUAUAGCCAAAGACUUGGGUUUGGUUGUUUCUGAGCUCUAUCAACGCAAAUUGCGGAUAACCUCUGAAGCUGGUAAGCAGUAUUUUAAUGUAGACCUGGGGAAAGGAGAACUGGUGGUGACGGACAGAAUAGACCGAGAGGAGCUGUGUGGACAAAGCCCGUCGUGUUUGUUGCCUUUGGAGUUGGUCAUAGAUAACCCUCUACAACUGCACAGAGUGGAAAUUGAAAUUCAGGACACAAACGAUCAUUCUCCCAGCUUUAGCACGAAAGAAAAACUUGUGAAAAUCGCAGAGCUUGUAAACCCAGGAGCGCGAUUUCCUUUAGAGAGCGCACAAGAUCCUGAUGUGGGCUUGAACUCUGUCCGGACGUAUCUCAUAAGCAAAAAUGAUCAUUUCAAGCUGAUUGUUAAAAACCUAAAAGAUGGAAGAAAGAUCCCCGAACUGGUUCUGGAAAAACCUCUUGAUAGAGAAAAGCUGCAGGUGCACAACCUCAUCCUGACCGCGGUAGAUGGAGGGGAUCCGGUGCGUUCAGGGACGUCUGAAAUUACAGUGAUUGUUCUUGACAAUAACGACAACGCGCCGCAGUUCGAAAAACAACUAUAUGAGGCUAAUAUCAGUGAAAAGGCUAGACCUGGUACUGAGAUUUUACGAGUUAAAGCCACAGAUGCAGACGAGGGAUUAAACGGGGAAAUUGAAUAUUUAUUUGCGGAACAAACUACUGAUCUGAUCGUAUCAUUAUUUCACGUUAAUCCGUCUACAGGAGCUGUUGCUGUCAAAGGAACGUUAGAUCAUGAAACCAGCGCUUUACACAGGUUUGAUAUCACAGCAAAAGAUAAAGGAAAUCCUGAAAUGGAUGGUCACUGCAGCGUGGAAAUAAAAAUAACUGACAUUAAUGAUAAUAUUCCUGAAAUAAUAGUCACAUCCUUAACAACACCUGUCGCUGAGGACUCUGCUAUCGGUACAGUAAUUGCAAUAAUAAGUGCAAAAGACCCGGAUUCAGGUGAUAAUGGCAAGGUUACCUUGACUGUUUCUCCCAAAUCUCCCUUUAAGUUAAAUCCUUCAGUCUCUAAACAUUAUUCUUUAGUAACGAAUGGUCCGCUUGACCGGGAGAAGAAUAGUCACUAUAGUGUUCAAAUAACUGCUACUGAUUCAGGGAAACCCGCGUUAUCGAGCGAAAAAACAAUUGUUGUUGAGCUAUUAGAUGUAAAUGACAGUCCACCACUGUUCUCCCAACUUUCUUACAUAGUUUAUGUUAAAGAAAAUCAUCCUCCGGGGAUAAUUUUGUGCUCAGUAUCAGCAUCUGAUCUGGAUUCAGGAGAAAACGCAAAGAUCUCUUACUCCAUCCUGGACUCGAAAGUCCAGGACGUCUCUGUCUCAUCUUAUGUUUACAUGAACUCAGACAACGGCAGCAUCUACAGCAUGCACUCGUUUGACUAUGAGAAGCUGAAGGUGUUUCAGAUUGUGGUCCAGGCAAAGGAUCAGGGCUCUCCGUGUCUCAGCAGCAACGCUACAGUCCAUGUUUUUAUCCUGGACCAGAACGACAACGCCCCCGCUGUUAUUUACCCCUCCUCCGCUGCCCUGGGCUCCCUCUCUCACCAGAGGAUGCCCCGCUCCGCUAAAGCGGGUCACCUGGUUACCAAGGUGACGGCGGUGGACGCUGACUCGGGACACAACGCCUGGAUCUCCUACAGACUGGCGGAGGCCACGGACACCUCUCUGUUCACCGUCAAUCAGUACACAGGAGAGGUGAGGACUAAACGCGCUGUGUCCGAGCAGGACGAGUCCUCUCAGAGGCUGCUGAUAGAGAUCAAGGACGAUGGAGAACCGCUCCAGUCCGCCACCACCACGGUGUCCAUCCUGCUGGAGGACGGUCUCCAUGAGCCCAUGUUAGAGCUCCGACACAAAGCGUCCGAGCCCAGCAAGAAAACUGGCAGAAUCACCCUUUACCUGAUCCUGUCUCUGGCCUCGGUGUCCGUGCUGUCUCUGGUCACGUUUCUCAUCUUAGCGGUUAAAUGCAUCAGGAGCAGCAGGAGCAGCGGGAGCUGCUGCAUCAGACGGAGCGACUGUGAUGAUUACAAGAAGCCCAACAGGAACCUGCAGAUUCAGCUCAACACUGAUGGACCCAUAAAGUACGUGGAGGUCCUGGGAGGAGACAUGAUGUCCCAGAGUCAGUCCUUCAGGUCCUGCAUGUCUCCCAUGUCAGAGUACAGCGACUUCACUCUGAUUAAACCCAGCAGCACCACAGACUUUAAAGAAGUCAUCAGCGUUCUGGAUGCGUCUUUACCCGACAGCACCUGGACCUUUGAGAGCCAGCAGGUGAGCAGGAAACAAGAUCUUUAUUAA